AUGUGGAGCAACUGGCGGUGGAAGCCAGGGAGCAGCACCAGGCACCCAGUCAUCCAGGCAUCCCAGGCAGGCACACUGCAGCUUCCCCCAACCAGCACUGGCCAGGCUAGGCUGCCCUGGAUAUGCUGCAUCUCACCCCAGCAGCAGGGACCAGAGAUAGAUCAGGGUCAAGAGCUUCUCCUCAAAAUUAAUGUUUUCCCUUCUUUAUUUUAUUAAAUACAUUGGCCAAGGUAUUAACGCUGGGUCAGACCUGGUGACUGGUCAAUUUAUCAUCUUAUUUCCCAUCUUUUCCCCAGGGUAUCCACCUAAGCUUGUGCUGUGAAAUGUUACAUGAUACCCAGGGUAAUAGCUUUGGACUCCUGGCAUCUGAAGUAGCAUUCUUUUUGUCUGUGCCAUAAAUUAUUUGGUCUCUCUCGUUCAGCAGUGAAUGUAACUCACCAGGCCAAUGUUUGGGGGUCGGGGAUUCAAUGAGGUAACCUAGACAUUAUUAAUUUACAGAGGGCUUAAUCAAUCAUAUCUGGAUGAUUAAUCUAUUUAGUGCUACUUUUAGACCUCUCAUAUGCAUAGGUAUCAUGUAACAGUGUCAGUGUUCCCUUUAUAUUUUCUACCAUAGAAAAAUAUAUUUGCAUUUCAAAUUAUGCUUUGAAUAUAUUUCACUAUGACUAUAUAAAAAAAAUAUUAUGCAAACACUACAGCAAUGCAACUACCACAUACACUAUGCCAACAGUAUAGGAGAGCUUGAAAUAUUGGACACCGUAAAAAUCCUCCCCCUACUGUUAUCCUGAAGUUGCUCUCAAUAUGUGGAAACUGGAGAAGACCUGAGGUAGUAGUGGUCAAUACUUCCAUCAACAGCAUCACUCAAAUCAAAAGAUGUGGUUAGAUUUGCUCCAUCCCAGCGUUCCUAGCAUUCCUGCCUCUGUGACUGGAACUAAUUCUCAUAUCCAACAAGUGAGGGUAGGCAACCACCUCCGCCACGCUGACCCUCAACACGGGGGCCCCUCAGAGGUAUGUGCUUAGUCACCUCCUGUACUCCCUGUUCACCCACGACUGCGUGGCCACGCACGACUCCAACAUCAUCAAGUUUACUGACUACACGACGGUGGAAGGCCUGAUCACUGACGGCGAUGAGACAGCCUACAGGGAGGAUGUCAGAGACUUGGCAGUGUGGUUCCAGGACAACAAUCUCCCCCUCAAUAUCAGUAAGACCAAGGAGCUGAUCGUGGACUACAGGAGAAAGAGGGGUGAGCAUGCCCCCAUCCACGUCGAUGGAGCUGUAGUCGACAUGGCCUCAAAAAGUUCUACAGCUGCACCACCAAGAGCAUCUUGACUGGCUGCAUCACCGCUUGGUAUGGCAAAUGCACCGCCCUCGACCGCAAAGUGCUACAGAACAUCACUGGGGCUGAGCUCCCUGCCAUCCAGGAUCUCUAUAUCAGGCGGUGUCAGAGGAAGGCCCGAAAAAUUGCAGAAGACUGGAGCCACCAAAGCCAUAGACUGUUCACUCUGCUACCGUCCGGCAAACGGUAACGGAACAUCGGCUCUCGGACCAACAGGCUCCGAGACAGCUUCUGCCCCCAAGCCAUAAGACUGCUAAAUAGCCAUAAGACUGCUAAAUCGUUAAUUAAAUGGUUACCCGAUCUAUCUGCACUGACCCUAUCUUGCACUGACUCUAUGCACACUCACAAGGCUAUAUAGUGCCUUCUGAAAUUAUUCAUACCCCUUGACUUAUUCCACAUUUUGUUGUGUUACAGCCUGAAUUCAAAAUUGAUUAAAUAUAAAAAAAAUUUCACCCAUCUACACACAAUACCCCAUAAUGACAAAGUUAAAUAUGUUUUUAGACCUUUUUACCAAUUUAUUGAAAAUGAAAUACAGAAAUAUCUCAUUUACAUAAGUAUUCACACCCCUGAGUCAAUACUUUGUAGAAGCACUUUUGGCAGCGAUUACAGCUGUGAGUCUUUCUGGGUAAGUCUCUAAGAGCUUUCCAUACCUGGAUUGUGCAAAAUUUGCCCAUUAUUAUUUUCAAAAUUCUUCAAGCUCUGUCAAAUUGGUUGUUGAUCAUUGCUUGACCCCCAUUUUCAGGUCUUGCCAUAGAUUGUCAAGUAGAUUUAAGUCAGAACUGUAACUCGGUCACUCAGGAACAUUCAAUGUCUUCUUGAUAAGCAACUCCAGUGUAGAUUUGGCCUUGUGUUUUAGGUUAUUGUCCUGCUGAAAUGUGAAUUAAUUUCCCAGUGUCUGGUGGAAAGCAGACUGAACCAGGUUUUACUCUAGGAUGUUGCCUGUACUUAGCUCCAUUCUGUUUAUUUUCUAAACUGAAAAACUCCCCAUUCUGUAACGAUUACAAGCAUACCCAUAACAUGAUGCAGCCACCACUAUGCUUGAAAAUUUGGAGAGUGGUACUCAGUGAUGUGUUGUAUUAGAUUUGCCCCAGACAUAACACUUUGUAUUUAGGACAAAAAGGUAUUUGCUUUUCUGCAGUUUUACUUUAGUGCCUUGUUACAAACAGGGUGCAUGUUUUGGAAUAUUUGUAUUCUGGGGUAUGUGUAGGCCAGUGACAAAAACAUCUCAAUUUAAUCCAUUUUAACUUCAGGCUGUAACACAACAAAAUGUGGAAAAAGUCAAGGGUUGUGAAUACUUUCUGAUGGCACUGUACGUACACACUCACGCUACACUGACACUCUCACACAACACCCACACACAUUCACAUGCAUAACAUACGCACACACAUACAUAACACACAUACACGCAUAUCGACACAACACAAACACACAUACACUCACGCACACAUACACACUUUUACGCUCAUCAUAUGCUGCUGCUACUCUGUUCUUUAUUCUACUCUUAUUGUUAUCUAUCCUGAUGCCUAGUCACUUUACCCUGCCUUCAUGUAAAUAUCUACCGCAGCUAUCUUGUACCCCUGCACAUUGAUCUGGUACUGGUACUCCCUGUAUAUAGCUCCAUUCUUGUGUAUUUUAUUCCUCUUGUGUUACUAUUUUUCUUUUUUAACUCUGCAUCUUUGGGAAGAGCUCGUAAGCAAGCGUUUCACGGUAAAGACUACACCCGUUGUAUUCAGCGCAUGUGACAAAUAAACAUUUAUUUGAAGUGAACAUGUUGCCCAGCGUAUUAACAGCUUCACCCCCAAGGUCACAGAUACUUGCAUUUACAUGAAGCUGUUUUGUAUUUUGGAAUAUUAAUUAGAUCAAACUAAGAUGAGUUGAAACAUGAUUUCCAUCUUAAUGAUUUAUGGGUGUUUUAUGUAACAUGGGGGUUUCUGCUCUGCUCUCUAUUUUUGUACGCUCUCUGUUAUUUGGGUUAGGCAUAAGGUUAGCAGUGGGGUUUGGGUUAGGGUUAAGGUUAGGGUUAGGUUUCAAAUCAAAUGUUAAAAAGAGAAAUUGUAGAAAUGGGCAGGGUUUAGCCAUAAUUGUGACUUUGUGGCUGUGUUAACUAGUGACAACGUGUUAUUUUGUACACUAUGAAGGGUAUGACGGGACCACUUAUCAUCCCACAUCAUGCAUAAUUAACUAGAUGAUGAGGGUGAUAUGUCAUGCAAUUAAGCUCAAUGAUGAGGUACAGUAUGUCUCUAUACAAGCAGUAUUGACAUUAAUGUUGUUCAAACUUGUGAGUAUUUCGGUUGAAAUAUAUGGAUUUUUUAAUUAUGCAUUUUGAGUUCUAUUAUUCAUGGGAACAUGUCUGGCAAUCAGUUAAAAAUAUCCUCUGCAGUAUCUCUGUGUCUUAAACGAAAUUAACCUAGCACCCAUUGCAUAACUUAUUUGAGGAUAUAAUGUUGUCAACUGUAGAGUUUGUUCAGACUGCUGAAAUAGAUUGUGAAAAUUUUCCAGGAAAACAUACACAGCAUCUGUAGGAUUUCAGUUUCAUCUUAUUUACAAUAACUUUUAAUUUAUUGGUUUCAUCAUUGAUUGGUCAGAGGAGUGAGUCCACUCACCUGGCUUCUCGGGCCCUGACCAUUGGCUAAAUGAGAGAUAACUGGCAGCAGACAGACAGCGCCCCUGGAGGAUUUGGCUGGCCAGCCCUGAUAUAAACACUGUGUGGACCUGGACACAAAGCCAAUAGGUUCAAGGCUAGUCCCAGUCCCAGAGAAGCAGCCAACAUGAUGCCCUUCGGCCCACCAGGCUUACUAACUGCCUGACUCAAACAGGAUAUCUCAACCUGACCUUGAGUGGUACAAGGAUUGAUGGCAGAAUUGUGUUGUCUGAUUGUUCACACGGACAUAGUAAAGAAAUCCAUUCUAUAGGCUUUCCAAGGCCUCUCCAUGCCAAGGCAAUCCAUUUACUGCGCUGUACCUCAGAAUUGUGCAUUCCUGAUACACAUUAAAUGCACAACCAUUGUGCUGGAGUGUAAUUCCGCUGUUGUAUGUCACACAGCUGUUCUUUUCGGCUCCCAAGCCUACAUCGACGGUCUUAGUUGAAAACCUACACAUACACUACCAGUCAAAAGUUUGGACACACCUACUCAUUCAAGGGUUUUUCUUUAUUUUUACUAUUUUUUACAUUGUAGAAUAAUAGUGAAGACAUCAAAACUAUGAAAUAGCACAUAUGGAAUCAUGUAGUAAACAAGAAAGUGGUAAACAAAUCAAAGCAUAUUUUAUAUUUGAGAAUCUUCAAAUAGCCACCCUUUGUCUUGAUGACAGCUUUGCACACUCUUGGCAUUCUCUCAACCAGCUUCACCUGGAAUGCUUUUCCAACAGUCUUAAAGGAGUUCCCACAUAUGCUGAGCACUUGUUGGCGGUUUUUCCUUUACUCUGCUGUCCAACUAAUCCCAAACCAUCUCAAUUGGGUUGAGUCGGGGGAUUGUGGAGGUCAGGUCAUCUGAUGCAGCACUCCAUCACUCUCCUUCUUGGUAAAAUAGCCUUUACACUGCCUGGAGGUGUGUUGGGUCAUUGUCCUGUUGAAAAACAAAUGAUAGUCCCACUAGGCCCAAACCAGAUGGGAUGGCGUAUUGCUGUAGAAUGCUGUGGUAGCCAUGCUGGUUAAGUGUGCCUUGAAUUCUAAAUAAAUCACAGACAGUGUCACCAGCAAAGCACUUCCACACCAUAACACCUCCUCCUCCUCCUCCAUGCUUUACGGUGGGAAAUACACAUGCGGAGAUCAUCUCUCACGAUGACGCGGCGGUUGGAACCAAAAAUCUCCAAUUUGGACUCCAGACCAAAUGAUACAUUUCCACCGGUCUAAUGUCCAUUGCUCAUGUUUCUUGGCCCAAGCAGGUCUCUUCUUCUUAUUGGUGUCCUUUAGUAGUGGUUUCUUUGCAGCAAUUCAACCAUGAAGGCCUGAUUCACACAGUCCCCUCUGAACAGUUGAUGUUGAGAUGUGUCUGUUACUUGAACUCUGUGAAGCAUAUAUUUGGGCUGCAAUUUCUGAGGCUGGUAACUCUAAUGAACUUAUCCUCUGCAGCAGAGUUAACUCUGGGUCUUCCAUUCCUGUCGUGGUCCUCAUGAGAGCCAGUUUCAUCAUAGAGCUUGAUGGUUUUUGCGACUGCACUUGAAGAAACUUUCAAAGUUCUUGACAUUUUCCGUAUUGACUGACCUUCAUGUCUUGGUAUUUUACCAAAUAAGGCUAUCUUCUGUAUACCCCCCUACCUUGUCACAACACAACUGAUUGGCUCAAAUGCAUUAAGAGGGAAAGAAAUUUCACAAAUUAACUUUUAACAUGGCACACCUGUUAAUUAAAUGCAUUCCAGGUGACUACCUCAUGAAGCUGGUUGAGAGACUGCCAAGAGUGUGCAAAGCUGUCAUCAAGGCAAAGGGUGGCUAUUUGAAGAAUCUGAAAUAUAAAUAUAUUUUGAUUUGUUUAACACUUUUUUGCUUACUACAUGAUUCCAUAUGUGUUAUUUCAUUGUUGUGAUGUCUGCACUGUUAUUCUACAAUGUAGAAAAUAGUACAAAUAUAGAAAAAACCUGGAAUGAGUAGGUGUGUCCAAACUUUUGACUGGUAGUGUGUGUAUAUAUAUAUAUAUAUAUAUAUAUAUAUCCUUAAGUGACUGCUUUUCCCCUUGUCAACUUAAUCAAACCUAUCUGAAUUAGUCUAUCGGCUAACACAAAUAUUUUGCGGUCCAUUAUUGAACCAGGUAGUCAAAUAUUAAUUACUGGUUGCUCUAAACACUGGUCAUCAAUAUAUUAAUAAAGUGCCUCAAUCUGUUUAUAUUUAAUGAGGCCUGAACGGGCCGCUAAUGAACUGGUCUACUAGUGCGCCCUACACAAUAUAAUUAAGUCUAUGAGUGGAACCACAAUGUCAGAAGUGCACUUUAAUUGCUUUAACAGCCUCCGAGAGAGGAGAUGAGGGGAAAGUUCUGGAACAGUGUCAUUUCUAGAGCUCAGGGAGGAAAAGAGGGGUGGGAGGGAGAAAGCGAGAGAGGGAGGGGGGCAAAAGACGGGCAGUACUAAUGGCAAAGAAUGAAAGAAAAUAGGAAAACAUACUGUAUUAUUUAUUACGUAAUUAUUAAAACAUUGUUUCAAUGGUCAGUGUGUUAAAAACGUUCAAUUCAUAACACCCUUUGAAACCUCAAAAGUCUACUUUUUUUAUUAACAUUUUACUCUGACCACAACUUUUUAUUCGCAGAGAAGGGACUCUGUAGGCUAUCAUCCACUGUUGUUGUGUUGACUAUUUUGUCAUAUUUUUCAAUUAACACAAUUACAGAGGAUGCUGCUCAAUGCAUGCUGCAACUAGCCAAAUCGUAGCCUUGAACCUUUUUCAAACUUAAAUGUCAGAAUUGGUUUUAAGGAUGUAAGCUCCUCUAAGACAAUUAAAGCUGCCUCAUUCAUUGGGAUCAGAGACUGUUGGAGGAAUAGGACAGCCAGCAGCAUGUGAUCUGGAAUCUGCAUUGCUUUGUGAGCUCUAAAGACUCCCAACUUGCAGUGCAAAUCUCAUCAGAUAAUACCCAGACACUUGAUUAAAUUAAUUGGCUAUUAUUAUCAUGCAGCACACAUCUCUGUGGGGAGAAGGGGGCUGAUGACAGGGAUAAAAGUAGUCACUCACUCCACCAUGGAGCCAGGCUGUUAACCAUAACAAUGUGAUGAGAGAGCGAAUAGACUGCUGUUGCAAUCUGUUACUCCUUAAUGGGGGCUCUGUUUCAAUACCAUCUUGGUCCCGCUGCUCUUUGAAGGAUUUUAGUACAUAAUUCACUCUUUUUGAACAAACAUGCUUCAGACUCACUGUUGUCUACUGUAGGUUACGGUAUAGGCAUAUUGUCCAAAAAGGAAUGAAUGGGUAUAUAAAGAUGACAUACUUAUUGCUGUUCACUGGACCUUAUGAUCACUCAACUACACAGCUGAUGCCUGCUGGACUGUUCCUUUAUACGGUACCCCAUCCUGUUGAUCUGUUUAGCCUCAGCUCAAACUUUCGUCGCCAUUACCAGCUGUUGUCUUAGCACUCUCGAAUAACACCUGUGACUGCUUUAUGCCUAUCUCCCAUGUCAAUAUGCCUUGCCUAUUGCUGUUUCGGUUAGUUCUAACUGUACUUUUUCAAUGUAGAGCCCCCAGUCCUGCUCAACCUGUCUCAGAUAGAUCCUUUGUCCCACCCCCACACACACGCGGAGACCGGCUCAAUCGGUGCCUCCAGUGAUGCUAUCUCUUUCAUCUUUACCCAACGCUUAGGUUUACCUCCACUGUACUCAUAUCCUUCCAUAUCCUUGUCUGUACAUAAUGCCCUGAAUCUAUUCUACAAUGCCUGGAAAUCGGCCCCUUUUUUUCUCUGUACCCAACGCACUAGAAGACCAGUUCUUAAAGCCUUUAGCCGUAUCCUUAUUCUACUCCUCCUCUGUUCCUCUGGUGAUGUAGAGGUUAACCCAGGCCCUGUAGCCCCCAGUAUCACUCCUGCGCCCCAGGCGCUAUCAUUUGUUGACUUCUGUAAUCGCAAAAGCCUUGGUUUCUUGCAUGUUAACAUCAGAAGCCUCCUCCCUAAGUUUGAGGUAUUCACUGCGUUAGCACACUCAGCCAACCCUGAUGUGUCUGAAUCCUGGCAUAGGAAGGCCACCAAAGAUUCUGAAAUGUCCAUUCCCAACUACAACAUUUUCCGUCUAGAUAGAACUGCCAAAGGGGGCGGAGUUGCAAUCUACUAUAGAGCUCUAUCAUACUAUCCAGGUCUGUGCCCAAACAGUUUGAGCUUCUACUUCUAAAAAUCCACCUUUCCAAAAAUAAAUCUCUCACUGUUGCCGCUUGCUACAGACCCCCCUCAGCCCCCAGCUGUGCCCUGAACACCAUAUGUGAAUUGAUUGCCCCCCAUCUAUCCUCAGAGUUCGUAUUGCUUGGUGACCUAAACUGGGAUAUGCUUAACACCCCGGCCGUCCUACAAUCUAAACUAGAUGCCCUCAAUCUCACACAAAUUAUCAAGGAACCUACCAGGUACAAUCCUAAAUCCGUUAACAUGGGCACUCUCAUAGAUAUCAUCCUGACUAAUUUACCCUCUAAAUACACCUCCGCUGUCUUCAACCAGGAUCUCAGCGAUCACUGCCUCAUUGCAUGCGUCCGUAAUUGGUCCGCGGUCAAAACGACCACCCCUCAUCACUGUCAAACGCUCCCUAAAACACUUCAGCGAGCAGGCCUUUCUAAUUGACCUGGCCCAGGUAUCUUGGAUGGAUAUUGACCUCAUUCCGUCAGUAGAGGAUGCCUGGUUGUUCUUUAAAAGUGCUUUCCUCUCCAUCUUAUAAGCAUGCCCCAUUCAAAAAAUGCAGAACUAAGAACAGAUAUAGCCCCUGGUUCACCCCAGACUUGACUGCCCUUGACCAGCACAAAAACAUCCUGUGGCGUAUGGCAUUAGCAUCGAACAGCCCUCGCGAUAUGCAACUUUUCAGGGAAGUCAGGAACCAAUAUACACAAUCAGUUAGGAAAGCAAAGGCUAACUUUUUCAAACAGAAAUGUGCAUCCUGUAGCACUAACUCCAAAAAGUUUUGGGACACUGUAAAGUCCAUGGAGAAUAAGAGCACCUCCUCCCAGCUGCCCACUGCACUGAGGCUAGGAAACACUGUCACUACCGAUAAAUCUACGAUAAUCGAAGAUUUCAACAAGCAUUUUGCUACGGCUGGCCAUGCUUUCCACCUGGCUACCCCUACCCCGGCCACCAGCUCUGCAACUUGCCCAUGCCCCCCCCGCUUCUCCUUCACCCAAAUUCAGAUAGCUGAUGUUCUGAAAGAGCUGCAAAAUCUGGACCACUACAAAUCAGCUGGGCUAGACAAUCUGGACCCUUUCUUUCUAAAAUUAGCAGCCGAAAUUGUCGCAACCCCUAUCACCAGCCUGUUCAACCUCUCUUUCGUAUCGUCUGAGAUCCCCAGAGAUUGGAAAGCUGCCGCGGUCAUCCUCUUCAAAGGGGGUGACACUCUAGAUCCAAACUGUUACAGACCUAUAUCCAUCCUGCCCUGCCUUUCGAAAGGUUUUGAAAGCAAUGUUAACAAACAGAUCACCGACCAUUUCGAAUCCCACCGUACCUUCUCCGCUAUGCAAUCUCGUUUCCGAGCUGGUCAUGGGUGUACCUCAGCCACGCUCAAGGUCCUAAAUGAUAUAAUAACCGCGAUCGAUAAAAGACAGUACUGUGCAGCCGUCUUCAUUGACCUGGCCAAGGCUUUUGACUCUGUCAAUCACCGCAUUCUUAUUGGCAGACUAAAUAGGUUUCUCAAAUGACUGCCUCGCCUGGUUCACCAACUACUUCUAAGAUAGAGUUCAAUGUGUCAAAUUGGAGGGCCUGUUGUGUGGACCUCUGGCAGUCUCUAUGGGGGUGCCACAGGGUUCAUUUCUCGGGCCGACUCUAUUCUCUGUGUAUAUCAAUGAUGUCGCUCUUGCUGCUGGUGACUCUCAGAUCCACCUCUACGCAGACGACACCAUUUUGUAUACAUCUGGCCCUUCAUUGGACACUGUGUUAACAAACCUCCAAACGAGCUUCAGUGCCAUACAACACUCCUUCCGUGGCCUCCAACUGCUCUUAAACACUAGUAAAACUAAAUGCAUGCUCUUCAAUCGAACGCUGCUUUCACCCGCCUGCCCGACUAGAAUCACUACUAUCGGCGGCUCUGACUUAGAAUAUGUGGACAACUACAAAUACCUAGGUGUCUGGUUAGACUGUAAACUCUCCUUCCAGACUCACAUUAAGCAUCUCUAAUCCAAAGUUAAAUCUAGAAUCGGCUUCCUAUUUCACAACAAAGCCUCCUUCACUCAUGCUGCCAAACAUGCCCUCGUAAAACUGACUAUCCUACCGAUCCUUGACUUCGACGAUGUAAUUUACAAAAUACCUUCCAACACUCUACUCAGCAAAUUGGAUGUGGUCUAUCACAGUGCCAUCCGUUUUGUCACCAAAGCCCCAUAUACUACCCACCAUUGUGACCUGUACGCUCUCGUUGGCUGGCCCUCACUACAUAUUCGUCGCCAAACCCACUGGCUCCAGGUCAUCUAUAAAUCCCUUCUAGGCAAAUCCCUGCCUUAUCUUAGCUCAUUGGUCACCAUAGCAACACCCACCCGUAGUAUGCGUUCCAGCAGGUAUAUCUCACUGCUCAUUCCCAAAGCCAACACCUCCUUUGGUCGCCAUUCCUUCCAGUUCUCUGCUGCAAAUGACUGGAACGAACUGCAAAAAUCUCUGAAGCUGGAGACACUUAUCUCCCUCACUAUCUUUAAGCAUCAGUUAUCAGAGCAGCUUACCGAUCACUGCACCUGUACACAGCCCAUCUAGAAUUAGCCUACCCAACUACCUCAUUCCCAUAUUGUUAUUUACAUUGUUAUUUAGUUUGCUAAUUUGCACCCCAGUAUCUCUAUUUGCACAUCAUCUUCUGCACAUCUAUCACUCCAGUGUUAAUACUAAAUUACAAUUGUAAUUAUUUUGCACUAUGGCCUAUUUAUUGCCUUACCUCCAUAACUUACUACAUUUGCACACACUGUAUAUAGAUUUUCUAUUGUGUUAUUGACUGUACGUUUUGUUUACCCCAUAUGUAACUUAGCCCAUAUGUAACUCUGUGUUGUUGUUGUUUUUUCCGCACUGCUUUGCUUUAUCUUGGCCAGGUCGCAGUUGUAAAUGAGAACUUGUUCUCAACUGGCUUACCUGGUUAAAUAAAGGUUAAAUAAAAAAAUAUAUUAAAAAAGAUACUGCAUUUCAUUCUCUCCCUUUGAAGGUAGUUCAGUAAUAAUAUGCCUAUUUGAUUGUUAUAAACAGCCUGUAUCACAAGACUGGUCUCUUCCAUAAUGAGUUUGGUGAAUGUUGUCAUAAAGUGUCAUCACAUGUAAUAUCAAGCUUAUAAUAUUGUCAGAAUAAUCACAUCUAUGACAACAAAGUGUUACUGCUGUUUCGUUGAUACCGAGCUGUGCGCUAAUGAAUUGUCUCUCCUUCCCCUUCAACAGGGAUUGCGGUGGACAAGCAAGGAUUCGUCUACUUUGUUGAUGGAACCAUGAUUCGCAAGAUCAAUGGGAAAGGAAUGAUAUCAACUGUCAUUGGUUCCAAUGGCCUGACGUCCACUCAGCCGUUAAGCUGUGACGCCCGCAUGGAUAUUUCACAGGUGAGAUGACUAGACGGCCCACACACACACACACACACAUACAUUUACAUUUUAGUCAUUUAGCAGACGCUCUUAUCCAGAGCGACUUACACUUAGUUAGUGCAUACAUUAUAUUUUUUCUUUUUCAUACCCCCUGUGGGAAUCGAACCCACAACCCUGGCGUUGCAAACGCCAUGCUCUAUCAACUGAGCUACAUCCCUGCCGGCCAUUCCCUCCCCUACCCUGGACGACGCUGGGCCAAUUGCGCGCCGCCCCAUGGGUCUCCCGGUCGCGGCCGGCUACGACAGAGCCUGGCCACAUACACACACCCACACACAGCUAGGAAUAUCUGGUAGGCCAAGCCCUACAUUUACAUAGAGCAGUACUGGUAGACUGAACGGACAGAAUGGUAUUUCAAAAGCAAUUCUUUACACCUUAUCUAUGAUUGAUAUCAUCCUCUGGUUCCAAGGAUCUUAUCAUGCAACAAUUCCCUUUUAAUCUAUACGCAGUCAUCUAUAAGUAGCACAGUUAAGUCAUCAAUAAGUAAUGUAGCAAAGCAUUAAAACUGAUAUUAAUGAUUAGCAAUUAGACAAUGAUGUCCAAGAGAAAAAAAAUAAACAAGUAAAGACAGAUCUUAUAUCUAUCUGACCUAUAAAACUAGAGAGGCCUGAUAUAACUUCCUUUGAGACGUUCCCGCCAUGAUUAACUGGCCUUAGCGGCUGAAUGCUCCCUCUCAAUGGAUAAUUUUAUUCUUGCUCAUGUCCCUGCUCUCACGAGCAGCUGAGGCCCAGAUAGGGCACAGGAUGCAGCCUAACUCAGAGAGCAAUUAUUCUCAGCCCCUGGACCUUGCCAUAGGAAAUCACCUUUAUCAGAGUGCGAAUUAGACUAUACCAUGGCAUUUAUAUCUCCUGAGUGGCGCAGUGGUCUAAGGCACUGCAUCGCAGUGCUAACUGUGCCACUAGAGAUCCUGGUUCGAAUCCAGGCUCUGUCGCAGCCGGCCGCGACCGGGAGACUCAUGGGCGGCGCACAAGUCGUCCAGGGUAGGGGAGGGAAUGGCCGGCAGGGAUGUAGCUCAGUUGAUAGAGCAUGGCAUUUGCAACGCCAGGGUUGUGGGUUUGAUUCCCACGGGGGGCCAGUAUAAAAAAAAAAAUGUAUUCACUAACUGUAAGUCGCUCUGGAUAAGAGUGUCUGCUAAAUGACUAAAAUGUAAAUUUAGGGGGUCAGCACAUCAUUUCUUUAUGGGCCUAUAAUAAAGAUGUCAUUUAAACUGUAAAAAUGAAUUACCUUUUAAUGUGGCAUGAACACAACCAGUCAUGAUAUUUUCAUCUGAUUGUCAAACAAAUCACUUCAAAAAGUAGGCUACCUGUGCAUGUUUGUCCACUCCAAAAUAAAUUGAGCAUCCAAACUGCAUGUGCAGUGCAUUCGGAAAAUAUUCAGACCCCUUGACUUUUUCCACAUUUUGUUACGUUACAGUCUUAUUGUAAAAUUGAUUAAAUAAAAAAAUUUCCUCAUCAAUCUACACACAAUACCCCAUAAUGACAAAGCGAAAACAGGUUUUUAUGCAAAUGUAUUAAAAAUAAAAAACAGAAAUACCUUAUUUACAUAAGUAUUCAGACUCUUUGCUAUGAGACUCGAAAUUUAGCUCAGGUACAUCCUGUUUCCAUUGAUCAUCCUUGAGCUGUUUCUACAGCUUGAUUGGAGUCCACCUGUGGUAAAUUCAAUUGACUGGACAUGAUUUGGAAAGGCACACACCUGUUUAUAUAAGGUCCCACAGUUAACAGUGCAUGUCAGAGCAAAAACCAAGCCAUGAGGUCGAAGGAAUUGUCUGUAGAGCUCCGAGACAGGAUUGUGUCGAGGCACAGAUCUGGGGGAAGGGUACCAACAAAUUUCUGCAGCAUUGAAGGUCCCCAAGAACACAGUAGGGGGGGGGGGGGGGGGCAUUUUAUCAAUUUUAGAAUAAGGCUGUAACGUAACAACAUGUGGGAAAGGUCAAGGGGUCUGAAUACUUUACGAAUGCACUUGCGCCAUUUGAUAAAUGGAAAUAUACAUCUGUUACAAAACACCAAAAGGUGUGCCUAAUGACACGUAUACUUGUUGGAUGGAUUGGAUGCGCAUUGGUGUCUAGCUGUAAGCUAGUUGUCUAGUGAUAUUGUCGGACAUCAUCAGCUGAUCCAGGAAAUAAAAUAAACAUUGAUAGAAAAUAAUAAAGCUAAAUAAAUAAUCUACUACUUCUGGCCACAGAUGGCUCGGAGAACACCAGUACCCUCGUGCACCUUGAAAACAAAGCUAUGAGCGCUCUAAACAGCUGAUUGACAAAAGUAAAAAUUAUAAAUCACCAGAUACAUCUAAUUCAUUGGAAUAAAGGCCAUUUUUUUAUCAAAUGGCAAAAAUUAGGAAGUACAAAGUAAAUUCUAUGCGUAAAGGAGCUCAGCUGAGGCCGAAAUUCAGCACUACUGAGUGGACCAACCAGCUCUCACAGUCUCACGUCAGAAUUAGACGUUCAUCCAUGUUUCUAAAACGUCAAAGUGUUUAAGGAUAAUUUAAGGCAUUCAUUCCGAAUUCUUAAGGUUAGGCAUUAACUCCGAAUGGUUCAGGUUUGGGAUAGGCUUAAAACAUCAAUAUCAAAAACAACUUUCUAUCGCUGGAUUCGAACAUGCAUCCUUUGGAACCAGAUGCUUACGCCCAUCCACAACUCCGUAGAAAAAAACGAAACCUACUUGAAGGUAACAACUCUCACUGUUCCCCCUAGUGGCCGGUUUCCACGUCAUCUCCCGAUGUCCUCGGACAUGGAUGGACGUCAAAUACUGACUUGUAUCACGGGUGAUCUGCCUGGAGUGGACAGCACUACCACAUAUAAAUACAUUGUUUAAACCAUGACAGAGAGGUGGGGGUGUUUGUUUCAUUUGGAAGCUUUAUUUUCAUAUUUACCACUGUAAAACAUAUUUACCACUACAUUUUAAACAAAUAGGAGAAUGGUUAAAUUAGCAUUAUUUAGAGACUCCCCCCAAAGUCUCAUUCAGGGAAGCUGAGCCCCCCGUCUCCCCCGUAAUUCACACCCUGACCUUUAUUAAGUUCUCACCAAAAGUUAUAAAAAUGCUGAAGCUGGCUAACCUUCAGAGAGGGCUGCAGAGAUAUGCCCUACAGCAAUGGUCACCAAAGGGACUGGUGGUCAAUCUCCAGGGCAUUCCUAGUCGAUCGCAAAACAUUUCUAUAAAAAAACCAAUGAUAAAGCCUUGCACUGUUUUCCCGCAGUUCUGUUAACGACGGUGAGGGCAGGUGUUCGGCAGGCGGAAGUGAAGGACACUGUCUCCCGCUAGCUAGCAAGGAGGACUCCGGUACGCGGGGGUGAAAUAACUCAGAUAAUACUUUUAUUUCCCUUUUGACCCACAUUCAAAAGUGUCACAAGCAUGAAGAUGUAGUGCUCGAGGCGGGAGCAUUCAUUCAGGAACCAAUGAGAUGCUCGAGGGAAUGCCCAGAAUUGCAGGCUGCAGUUGCACACUAUUAUCUGAAGGUACAAACUCCACCUACUCGGCGUGCCCGGAGAACAAAUCAAGUGUAUCUAUAGGCCUACCGCUAGCCAAUCGGAUUGCUCAGAUCACCGUGUCUGUCUGCAGCUUCCUCGAGCGCACAGCAAAGUAAAUUGAUACUGUGAUUUCAAAACAUCUAAAAGAGACUAGAGAGAGACUGUCAACGAAUACAGCAAAGAGCUGCUGUUUUAACGACUGAGUUCAUAUAAAGGUUUUUAUUCAGCACUUUUAUAAGCCAUGAAAUGCACUUCUCCACUCGCACUGCAACCAGCACUGCAACCAGCACUGCAACCAGCACUGCAGCUUCAAUGAAUGAGUAGCAAAGUGUAUUGAUAGGCUUGCAUUGCUAUUAUUAGUGGCUGUGUUUUUUAAUAUCGAGGAAUAUUUCACUUUCUCUGGUCAUAGGAGUAACAACAUGAAUUUGUGCAUAAGGCAGAAAUAAUGCGGUGUGACUCGAGUUUCGCCAUCAGCUCGAAGACGGUGUCCCCUUUUAGGUCAAUCUUAGCUGAGGGAUGGUCCGACGGUGGAGGCUGAGACUGACCAUCAGAUGCAGGACAAUCAGUCCAGUUAAAGAAAGAAAAAACGUUAUUUAUAUUUAUGCUCACUCAGCUGUGCCUCACAAGUAAUACAACUGAUGAUCUAUUACCAGUGUGAUAAUAUACCUCAAGUUUUUAAAUAUAAUUUUUAAAUGGUCUGAGAAGAACAACAUUAGCAAGACAAUUCAAGCAGAGCCAAUAUUCAGUGUAUUGGGCAUAUAGCCUACUACAAACCUCAUUGCUACAGAACUGUUUUGCAUAGGCUUACGUUUUUUAAGUCAUGUUUAAACUUUAAAAAACCUGAGCGGUAAAUCUCGGCCCUUCAUUUUGACUUAGAAUGUGAUCUUGGCUCAGAAAAGUUUGGAGACCACUGCCUUACAGUCUCUCUCUCUACAGACUCUCACGCUUUACCUCUCUCUUUCUACCCCUCUCCCUCCCUCUCUGUCCCCCUUCUAUCUCUCUCUCUCUCUCUCUCUCUCUCUCUCUCUCUCUCUCUCUCUCUCUCUCAGUCCCCUCUCUCUUCUUCACAGCAACACAGCACAUUGACCCGCAUCUGAGUGGGUCUCACAGCUCUGAAUAGGCAACAGGAAACUAACUGCUGUGCCCCCAUAAGGGCUUAUCACAUAAGAAGCGUGCAAUUCUCCUCUUAUGCACAGAUUUGCUUCUGUAGAAAGAUUAUCCAUGCGCAUCACUGGACUGGAUCACGUGCUGAUGAACCCAUCAAAGUGCUCAUGAAAAGAGUCAUAACUAUAUAACAUCAUUAUGGGUGUGGGUUUUCUCCAGAGCAUUUACAUUUUCUGAGGCUGAGAUUGUGGACUUUGCAUACUGUAUAUACUGUCUCAAUUAAAUCUUCAUAUAGGAGGAUACUGUAUCCCCUAUUUUGCAUCACAAUAAGCCAGUCAUUGACACUGCCUAUUAUUCCCAUAGACAUUUGUCAACUGCUCAGUCGUAUGAGAAGCAGCAGGAUGAAGCAUGUAAUAUUUUUUUUUUACUGUCCAUAUUUCAGACUUUGUGUUCCUGGCUUUCAUUUUGUUAGUUUUCUGAAUGCCUUUUACACUGAUGUAUUAUGCAGUGAAAUUAUUCCAAGCAACUUCAUCCUCAAGAUGCUCAUUUGCGAGCUGGCUGUCUCCCUCUCCUCCUCGCGUAUCUUACAUGCAAAGUGUGAUGUUCUACUGUGAUAUAAUCAAAUGUCCAAACUAUCAGGCCACGGCCUCUAAUCACAGUAAUGUGUGUUGGCCAUUUUGAAAUUGAUAUGUGGUUGAUAGUUUACAUAUAUGUUUGGCAUUGGUAUUUCACUUUCUCCAGAAUUCUCCUUGCAUGUUGUUGGUGUAUGUAAGGCCUAAGGCCUCAAAGCAUGCACAGCCCCACAAACAGCUUCUUAUUGCAUUUGACUAUCAAUUUAAACUGUGUCCCCAGCUUGAACCAAAGCUGUGCAGGAGGAAAAUUAGAGUUAUUUCGUUGUUGCAUCACACUGGAAGAGAAACAUUGUUUCAUUCUCCAGAGCAAUGUGUUUCUCCCCCAAGCCAUUCUGAAAACAAUAGAAGGAUGGAGAGAUCUAAGAAACAAAGAGAGUCCAAUACUCCAUCCAAUCCACCACUCCAGGCUUUACAGUGCAAUAAGGCAUACCAUUCUGGUUCCCACCACCUAGCAAAUGAGACCCCUUCAAGUGAAUAAUAGGGCACUGUAUUACAAAGGUUAGGAGAGAGUUGUAUUGAGUCACUGCAAGCAGAUUAGCAAUGUGUGGGUAUAAAUUGAAUUUAAAGAAUGGAAUAGUUCAGUGAUAACGUAUUAUCAUAAAUGUGACAGAUCUCACCAUUCCAGAUUUUCAGGCAAACAAAAUGUCAGCGCAUCACAGUUAGUUUUUAUGGAGCACAUUGCAUUGAUUUUGCUUUUUCAAAUGCAGAAAAAAAAAGUGUGUUGUCAAUUAGCAUUCUUUUUGUGGUAACUGUUUUCAGACACUGAGCUGCCAGACUUCUCUCACAACUCAGAUGUGCUUUACAACAAUGGCUGCAGUGGGAAAACGUACCUCCAAUUUCAAUGUGCGGACACUAUGCUGUCAGUAUAUUUUGUUACCUGUGUAGAGAAGUAUCAAAUUAUUCCUGAACGGAUUCCUUUCAUUCACGGACAAUUGACUUGCAUACAGCCCCUUUCAUCAGAUCAUCUCAGAGUGCUUGAAGGUGAGAUGGCAACUAAUUUUAUCCUCCACCAAUCUGAAUCAUUCACCCCUAUUGUGCAGGAACACUUACCACCCAUUAUUUGUGGUGGAAGAAUGGUUUUUCAUGAUCCAAUUAAACACAGGGGUGAUUAUAUUGGCAGAUUUCUUUAUUAGGACUUUGUCCAGCACCCUUAAGGAUCCCACUCACACUUAGUGAACUGUACCAUGGAGCUUUUUAUUCCUUAGCUGAGUCUCAGGGGAACACAGUGUGAGCACGUCCAAAAAUGACCUUACAGUGACAUUACCACUUGUACAGAACAAACACAACGAACAGCUUUUUUCACAAAAGUCACAUGCACAUAAGGCUUUCACAAAAUGUCCUCUAUUACGAAUUGCCCACUUGACAUUGCUGAAUGUAUGACACAGACAGACAAUGUCCAAGCAGUCUACACAGUAUAUGUGCUAUUCUUACUACUUCAUUUAGAUAACAUUGCAAUAUAAUGCAUAAUCAAAGACAGUGGGACAACUGGAAAGGAAAUGUUUCAGGAGAAACGUUGUGGCAUCCAUCUAUGUGACAAGUACACUGAGUGUGCAAACCAUUGCUCUUUCCAUGACAUAGACUGGCCAGGUGAAUCCAGGUGAAAGCUAUGAUCACUUAUUGAUGUCACCUGUUAAAUCCACUUCAAUCAGUGUAGAUGAAGGGGAGGAGACCAGUUAAAGAAGGAUUUGUAAGCCUUGAGACAAUUGAGACAUGGAUUGUGUGUGUGCCAUUCAAAGGGUGAAUGGGCAAGACAAAAUAUUUAAGUGCCUUUGAAUGGGAUAUUGUAGUAGGUGCCAGGCGCACCGGUUUGAGUGUGUCAAGAACUGCAACGCUUCUGGGUUUUUCAUGCUCAACAGUUUCCCGUGUGUAUCAAGAAUGGUCCACCACCCAAAGGACAUCCAGCCAACUUGACACAACUGUGGGAAGCAUUGGAGUCAAAAUGGGCCAGCAUCCCUGUGGAACACUUUCUACACCUUGUAGUCUAUGCCUCGACGAAUUGAGGCUGUUCUUAAGGCAAAACGUGGUGCAACUCAAUAUUAGGAAGGUGUUCCUAACGUUUUGUACACUCAGUGUAUAUGCUUGUUAAACUGUGUUUUCCCUGCUCUAGGUUCGUCUAGAAUGGCCCACCUACCUGACUGUCAACCCCAUGGACAACUCCCUGUACAUCCUGGACAACAACAUAGUGAUCCAGGUGUCAGAGAGCAGCCAGGUGAGGAUUGUGGCGGGCCGGCCCAUCCACUGCCAGGUCCCUGGGAUCGACCACUACCUGGUCAGCAAGGCAGCCGUCCACUCCACCCUGGAGGCAGCCAAGGCUAUCGCCGUGUCCCACCAGGGCACGCUCUACAUCGCCGAGACGGACGAGAGGAAGAUCAACCGCAUCCAGCAGGUCACCACCAACGGGGAGAUCUCUGUGGUGGCUGGGGCUCCCACUGAGUGUGACUGCAAAAUCGACCCCAACUGUGACUGCUUUUCCGGUGGGUCCCCUGCUGAGAACGCCAUUAUGCCUCAGACUCAAUUCAGCAGUCUAUCAGAGGCCUGCGGAGAGGCUCUCUGGAUGGACAUGCUCUGAAGCAAUGAUUUGGAACUAUUAUAACCCGCCCAAUGUUUAUGGUUGCAUCAGUCUAGCUUGACAAAACAAACAAGCUUUAACGUGUGAAAUAGUGGAGUGGUGGGAUGAACAGCGAGUUUAUUUCCCUUUCACUCAACACUCCUCACUUUAUUGUCUAGGAUGUAUUAUUCAUAUCAACUUUAUGUGACAUUGCAACUUGUCAAACACCACAUUAUUAUUCAGUAAAGUAUGAAUACAUAAAUAUAGUUAUUUAUGAUUGACUCUCAUUUGAUUCAAUGUAUUCUACCUUAGCUAGUUAAGUGCUCAAUCUCUUCAUUGUCCUGUUCCCACAGGAGAUGGUGGAUAUGCCCGUGAUGCCAAGCUGAAGGCUCCCUCCUCCCUGGCUGUUUCCCCUAACGGGACUCUGUACAUCUCUGACCUGGGGAACAUCCGUAUCAGGGCCCUGUCCCCCAACAGGCCCCAGCUCAACCAGAACAGGAUGUAUGAGAUCACCUCUGUGGUGGACCAGGAGCUCUAUCUGUUCAGUGUGAAUGGCACCCACCUCCACACCCGCAGCCUGGUCACCGGGGACUACGUCUAUAACUUCACCUACUCAGGAGAGGGAGAUAUGAGCGCUGUGGUCACCAGCGACGGCACCAUGGUCCACGUGCGCCGCGAUGCCAACGGCGUCCCCCUCUGGCUGCUGGUGCCCGGGGGUCAGGUCUAUUGGCUCACGAUCAGCAAUGGGGGCGUCCUCAAGAAAGUCUCCGCCCUGGCGCAUGACCUGGCACAGAUCAGCUACCAUGGCAACUCGGGUCUCCUGGCAACCAUGAGCAAUGAGAACGCCUGGACAACAGUAUAUGAGUGAGUUUUCCACCAAUCUCCUUCCUCUCUAUUCAUGUCAAUUUCAUUCUGCUUGAUAAUAUCCUCUAUUAGCACCCUUCAAAUCAUAGCCAUAUUUUUGUUCCUGUCUGCCUGUGUGAAGCUGUAAGAGCUUCACCACCUACACUCCCAUUUUUGCUGCAGUAUUGCAGUUUUUUCAGUGUUGGGAAUGUGUGAAAUUUGAAAGGUGUAUAUAAAUUACAUUGUCCGAAAAAAUGAAAUAUAAAUGUAUUUUCUAAUAGAAGAUUAUUUCCAAAAUCAUGUUUUUCUGUAAUUGGGGCAAUUCCAUACGCUGGCCUGCAGAAAUGGUCUUCUUUUUGUUGCCGAUUCAAAGAGAAGUGGGAAUAGUGUGAUUAUAUAAAAUGUUUGCGUAGGCAUUUUUAGGGAUUUGUUCAGUGGCGCUUUGGGUUUAAAAUCCAUUCGUAUGUCAGGGGCAAAGAAUCCUUUUCACUGCCUCUUAAUUUUGUUUGAUCGGCAAUACAACCUCUCCUCUAUUGUGUCUCUGCGAAAAAGCCUAAAUCCACCCAAACCCCAUUCUAAGACUGUCCUCAGUGUCCUGCGGUAAGACUGCCUUUGGAGGUCAUACCUAAUUGGCUCCUUUGUUCCAGCAGCAUCAUUAUACUGCCUCCCAGUGGUGACGCUGGGGAACUACAGGAUGGCGCUCACCUUUCAGAAUGGGAAUAUUCUGGAAUCCACUAAAAUAUAACCAUUUUAUUACACAAGGUUGUCACAAUUUCAGAUGUUGGUAGGAUGUUAUUUGACUGGGUGUUUCCUUGACCAGGUAUAAUUAUGACGGUCAUCUCAUCAAUGUCACCUUGCCAACGGGAGAGGUCAGCAGUUUCCACGGCAAUAUGGAGAAAUCAGUGCGGGUGGAAGCAGACACGUCAAAUCGGGAGAAAUUCAUCACAGCCACAAACUUCUCCGCUGCCAGCACUAUCUAUACAUUACGCCAAGGUAGUAGUAAGGUUUCGUGUCAUUUUCUCAUCUCGUUUUUUUUUCAUUAUCAUGCCGUAGCUUUUUAUGUUGUGUACUCACUAGCAAUGAUGAAGCAAAUAUAUUCCUCCCUGUAUCUGUUAUUUCGGUGUCCUCAACACAUUGUUCACAUGCAUGUCUUAUGAGGUGAACAAUUUUAAUGACGGCCCAACAGCUAUUUUAUAGAGCAUUAAAAUAACAAUGAGAUGGCAGGCCUGACAAAGGUGUAAAGAGUUGGUGAGGAAGUAAACAGGAAAGAAGCGAGAGCUGCUGACAGUAGUCUCCUUUCACACAGUCACACCUCUGUUCUCACAUAGACACACAUAGAGCCAGUGUCUCAUCAAGUUUGGUUUUUAGAAAUACAGUUACUCAAGGGGAUACCAAAGAAAUGGCACGUGCAAUAAUAUACCAUUCUGUUAUCUCUUCAAUAAAAGCUGUGAAUAAUAUCAUUCAUGCAUUUUAUUGAAGAGAUGACAAUGGUAUUACUGGAUGUCCUGACUGCUAUAACUGCCAUGUACGGUAUGGAGCCUACAGUUGAACCAGUGUUCUGUCGCAGUAUGAGUUGACUGUCCAUGUUGUAAUACUGAAUUAGUUUAAUCUCGCUCUCUCUCUCUCGUUCCUUCACACACACACACACACAAACACUCACACACACUCAUUCUCUCUGUUACGCUCUCUCUCUUUGUCCCAUGGCCCCACACAGAGCAUGCUCAGAACACGUACCGUGUGAGUUCGGACGGCUCUCUGUGGGUGACGUUCGCCAGCGGCAUGGAGGUGACCCUGAACACAGAACCCCACAUCUCGGCAGGCGUGGUCAACCCCACAGUGGGCAAGUGUAACAUCACCCUGCCGGGUGAGCAUGCUCACAGCGUCAUCGAGUGGAGACAGAGAAGAGACCAGGCUAAAGGGAACUACACGGCCUACGAACGCAGGCUCAGGGUAAGGAAGAGACAGAACAGACAGCAUGAACACAAUACCCUUCACCAUAUGUUGUGCAAUAUGGCAGGUACAAUAUGGCAGCAUACUUACAACAGACCUAAAGUCUCCCUAUGGGAGUUUGAUAACUCUUCCAUAACACUGUAGGUCAUGAAAAAAAUUUAUGCACUCACUAACUGUAAGUCGCUCUGGAUAAGAGCUCUGCUAAAUGUCGUAAAUGUAAUGUUAAAUAGAAGGUAUGUGACUGACCGGCUCGAUUCGGUCUUAUGUAGCAAAAUUUGAAAUUGUGUGUUUUUUACAUUGGAUAAAAGUAGCGACUCAGAGCUAGAAAAUUGUAUACCAUACACUACAGUUGAAGAACUAUGGGGAAAGUAAUUCUGCUUUGAACGUUUAUAAACUUGUAACCCCACUUUUGAGAAAAUGACCCUUGAACGUUUUGGUACACCUACUGGAGAGCUCUUCUUUGUCUACACCCAUUCAACAUUGUUCACACCCUCUUAAGCCUUAGCCCCACCCAUCUCUUUAAGGAUUCACAUGUGAGGCCAUGUGCUAAACAGAGUAAGUAUGGUAGUGUACUAAACAACUAAAGAUUUCAAGACUAAAGGCUGGUUAAUACUAUGUCUGUAGACAGUUGUUGCAGUGACAUCAUGAACAUUCCAUUGUCAUCCAACAUCAAACUUGUCGUUGUCGUUAUGAAAAAGUAUAAACACAAAAACGACAGACUGCAUGACAUCAGCAGCCUGGUGGUCCAAAAUAGCAUACCUGGUGUAUUUUAACACCAAUAAACCCAUCCGUUUAAAAAUGAAUUUAGUAUAUGUAAAUCGAGCAAACCAGGCAACUAAAAGCAACUUUCUAAACAAUGUUUUGGUUCGUUUCUAGCUUGUUCGCUAGCUAGCUAAUGUUAAGUUAGCUGGCUAGCCAGUUCAAAUAAUGACCAUAUCAUAUAGCUGACAACGUCUUAACUUGAGCUAAUUUGUAUUCAUUAUUACAGGAAAAUAAACUCACAACAAGAUCAUUAUUUACAAGUUAAUGGCGAGCUAAUUACACAAAAUACCUUAUGGCUGUGAGUGUGACAAAAAAAGCAGGUCAUUCUACUGGAGAAUUUUAGAACUUGGACACUGUCUCGUUGGCCUAACGUUAUGGCGCAGGUCAUGUUCUUCACAUUACCGUCUCUGGUAAACACACACUAUAACAAAUAAAAUCAAUGUUUAUUUGUCACAUGCACAGGGUACAGAAGAUGUAAACAGUACAGUGAAAUGGUUACUUGCAUAGUGGAGUCUUUUGUUUAGACAUGUAGCUAGCUAAACAAUGAACCAUAAUCCCAACUCAUAACGUUACUACCCUGCAUGAAUUUACUGGUAGCUAAAACUAACCAACUAGGUACAAUAUUAGCUAGCUAGCUAACAUUAGGCUAUAACUAGCAAUGCAAAUGGCUCUGAGAUACAAAUAAUAUUACUACACAGAUCAUACACGUAACAUUAGCUAGCGAGCCAGCCAGCUAACGUUAGCUAGCUAACAGUACGCUUUAACUUGCAAUGAAAACAACUUUCUGACACAAUUAGAAAUUUAUAAUAUCUGAAAAUGUAGCUAGCUAGACUCUCUUACCCUUAUACAUGGAUGAACGCUUCUCCCUCUCUGUCAUGGAUGCCACGGUUGCCCUUUGAAGAUGUAUAAAACACCCAUCUCCAGAUUACAACAGCCUUCUGUAUGUUCUCUUUGAGACUCUGCAUAUUUGCAAUCAAACGCCAGAAUCUCCUUAGUUAUCAUACUUUGCUUCCACCGGACAUUCCACUGAUUUCAAAACUCAGUCCUCCAGAAAGUGGAGAGCGUUAGCAACACUUUUGCAGUUCUUUGUGAUAUAUUUUUUUUAAAGUCACAUUAGAAAGGAUUACCUACACAUACUGAGCCGCUCAUGUUAAAGACAGAAGCGUGCUACAUGGCAAACCAAUCCAAACUCAUCUCUUGGCAUGUCCAGCUAUCCAUUAUCUCAGCCACUCAUGGCUAGUGGGAAGGUUCCUGUCUUUUUCUGUGGCUAAACCAACUACGCUUGUAAUUUAACAAUUGUAUUCAUAUUUACAGAUGGCAUACAAGUUUGUUAUUAAGGCACAUGAAUGUUCACAUGUUCCAGAAGGCAUUUCUGCCAAAAAACACAUUUUGAUAAAAAAAAUGUUUUCAUUCAAAUGCCUCUCCUGUGAAGUAGUGUUGCGCAACAUACGCCUAGUUUCCUGAAAUGAGUCACAUAUACAUUUACACAUGACUUGAUCAAAUAUGAUGGAUCCCUAGAACUUUUGUGGAAUAUUUUUAGAUUCAGACAGUGAAAAUGGGAAAUCAAUUGUAAUCCAGACUUCAUUGAACAUGCACAUAGAGGGAGAUACGAUGAUGACUCUGUCAGAGAGAGGAGGAUAAUGAGGGAAAGUGGGUGCAGAAUGUUUGACUUAUUCCUCCUACCAAUUAGGAUGAAGUCAAAUAAAAGCAUUUAGGGCCCAUUUCUAGUUGAGCUGAGGCAGAGAGGGAACAUUCAGCUCCGUUACUGCCUGUCUGAAUUGCUAUUAAUAGUGAUGGUGAAAUACUCAUUUACCAUCACAAUGAAGUCUUUAAAAGCCUCCAUUUCAAAUCGGCACAGUGGAUUUGUUUUUGAUUUUUUUUUAUAAUUGUUAUCUAGAUAAAACGGCUAACUUUUGGGAGAAAUAGUCAAUAGCUCUAGUAUUACUCAGAGGAAUGACUGUACCACUCACUCACGUGUCAUUCUUGUCUCUCACCAACCCCAGGCUCACAACAGAAACGUGCUGUCCAUAGACUUUAACCAAGCCACACGAGUGGGCAAGAUCUAUGACGACCACCGCAAGUUCACCCUGCGGAUCCUCUAUGACCAGAUGGGUCGUCCUAUCAUCUGGUCUCCCAGCAGCAAGUACAAUGAGGUGAAUGUGACCUAUUCUCCAGCAGGCCUGGUGACCAGCAUCCAGAGGGGUAACUGGUCAGAGAAAUUGGAGUAUGAGAACGGGAAGGUGGUUUCCAGAACAUGGACCAAUGGGAAGAUAUGGAGCUACACUUUCCUGGAGAAGGUAUUUAGUUAUUUGCUAGACAUGUUGUGAUGGAUCCAAAAAGAGUCCAAUGCCAUAAGGAUUUUAGUUUGUUCUGUAUAUGGAUCUGAAUUAGGUGGCAGUCUGUCGCUCAGAAUAUUAAUCUACUUUUGUUUGUGUGUUCUGCAGUCGGUCAUGCUGCUGUUGCAUAGCCAGCGGCGGUACACCUUUGAGUAUGACCACACAGACUACCUGAUAUCUGUGACAAUGCCCAGUAUGGUGCGUCACAGUCUGCAGUCCAUGCUGUCAGUGGGUUACUACAGGAACACCUACAGCCCUCCAGACAGCAGCGGAGCCUCUGUGAUCCAGGACUACAGCCAUGAUGGCCGCCUGCUCCAGACUCUGUACCUGGGCACGGGCCGCCGUAUCCUCUACCGCUACACCCGCCAGUCCCGCCUGGCAGAGAUCCUGUACGACACCACCCUGGUCACCUACACCUACGAAGAGGCCUCCGGGGGGGUGAAGACCAUCCACCUCAUGAACCAGGGCUUCAUGUGCACCAUCCGCUACAGACAGACAGGUACUGCAAUACAGACCAACCUUCUAGCUAACAGUAUGGGGAAUAGCAUUGAAUAACUUUACAAACGAAGACAAGCCAGUUAAACUUCAGUAAUGACGUAUGAUCCUCACAUAAUGACAAGACGAUAAGAUAGAUUCAAAAUGAAUGGCAUGCCAUAAAGGAGCUUAUUGAUUUUUAUAAUGGAAUGUAUUAUGACAGGUUAAUGUAAGAAAUAAAACCACAAAUGGCUGUGCCUCUGCAGGAGUAUAAUACAAUAAGCUAUAUUAGAUGAAGAGGCCUUUAGGCAUAGCUGAGGAUUAUCGUUUAUUGUGGGUUCUUAUCACUAUAAGCAAUUCUGAUAAUGCUUUAUGUCAGACAAGUCUUAAAGUUUGACAUAUAAGUCUGCUUUGAGAGAUUGAGUAUACCAUCAUGAAAUACACUAUUAGCACCUCUUGAAAUAUAUCCUCAGGCAUAUGGCCCCAAUAAUUCACCCAUGAGAAUUAUAUAUCCUAUAUAUUCUAUUCAUCCUGCUAAGUUUAAAUCUAUUUUUGGAACCUAAAUCCAUGGAUAACUCCAGAACUCUGUAGGGAUUUGAAAUCCCUAUAAAGCCAAUAUGGAAUGGCAUGCUGAUUAUAUAGGGCACCAAAUCAGAACCCAUUCUGAAGAGUUGGAGAUUGGGAGUGCUGCAGUGCACUGAUGAGCAAUUUCCUCAGCUUCACAGACUUUUAUUCUGUCCUUUUGAGACAUUCAUGCCUCGCUGUUGGGGGUCCCCACACUCUGCCGGUCUCUCCUGGUCUCCAUGCACAGAUACACCUAGAUUUCCUCCUAACAAAUUGACAUGAACCUGUAUUUAAAGCGUCCCAGGUCCUACACUGGCUGGGCAACAAUAAGUCUGAUUUGAAGCAAAUAAGCAAUCAGGGACAGCAGAGCGAGGGAUGAUGGUAGGCGAGAGCAUGGAUGAGAAUACUUAAGAAUGUAUUAUAUAGCGUGGCUGGUGGAUUUGGCUGGCUCAAUGAUAAGCCUGGAUAUAUUACUAGAAAGGGUAGCUGGGUCAUUCCACGAAAUGAGUGCCUUUUGCGUCCCUUUUAUAUUUUAAGUAGAAAUUGUGCACCAAUAUUGAAUUUUAAAAGCCUGUUCCAUUAAAUAAUAAUAUGCCAUUUAGCAGACGCUUUUAUCCAAAGCGACUUAGUCAUUUGUGCAUAAAUUUUUACGUAUGGGUGGUCCCAGGGAUCGAACCCACUACCCUGGCGUUACAAGCGCCAUGCUCUACCAAUUGAGCUACAGUGCCCUUUAAUAUAGACCACAUGGAGAAUUAAAUAAUUCAAUAUGAAUAAAGGCUUGCUAAAGGGACAACAUUUAGCAUUUUGACAUCUCCCUCUGUCAACACUGUCACUUCUAGGAAGACAUCAACCAACUUAAUCCCAAAAUUUCACCAUCAUUGUAAAGCCCUAGUUAUUUUAAUAUGCCAUUUAGCAGACGCUUUUAUCCAAAGCAACUUACUUGCUUUUGAAGAUGAUUUAUUUUAUGUGAUUUGUGAUUCAUUUACAUCUGUCCCUCAUUUUAAGGUCAACCCUGUUACGUGAACUGAACUCUCGUUUUAAUAUGGUGAAACUAUUCCUUUAAUAUUUUUUUUCAAAAGAAACAUUGAACAUCUAAUAGUCAAAUCAUAGAGGUGAGCUGGUUCUACUCUUUUUGACCAUUUUCUUGUGUUUUGUGGUGGAAAACUGAGCGUGUCGAGCAUAACUGUGAUGAGGUGGUGUUGAAGGAGUCAGGUGCAGGAGUGUAAAUCACAGAAUAACAGGCUUUAAUCCCCAAAAUACAGGUUUACACAGAACUGCGUCAAACACACUCCAGGGCACAAAACAGGUGCACUGGAAAAUACAAGGCACACAGGAAUAUACUCCCGUCUAACAAAAUACACGAGCUUCACUAUCCUUCACAAUAAACAAUCACCCACAAGGACAAGGGGGCAGAGGGAACACUUAUACACAGACUAAUUAGGGGAUUAGAACCAGGUGUGUGUGAUAACAAUUAGGGCGGGAGGUAGCUUAGUGGUUAAGAGCGUUGUGCCAGUAACCGAAAGGUCGCUGACGACGAACGCCGAAGCAUGCCCGAACAAGGAGGGGAGGGAGCCUCGGUCGAAGUCAUGACAGUACCCCUCCCCCCCCCCACCUCAGACGCGGAACUCCAGCAGCGCGCCGAUCCCGGCCUCGGAUGGCAACGGUGGAAAUCCCGCAACAGGGAGGGAUCUAGGAUAUCCCUCACCGGGACCCAGCACCGUUCCUCCGGACCGUACCCCUCCCACUCCACGAGGUACUGAAGGCCCCCCACCCGACACCUCAAAUCCAGGAUGGCACGGACAGAGUACACCGGGGCCCCCUCGAUGUCCAGAGGAGGUGGAGGAACCUCCCGCACCUCAGACUCCUGGAGCGGACCAACCACCACCGGCCUGAGGAGAGACACAUGAAACGAGGGGUUAAUACCUGCGGGCUCAGCUUCCGGCAGGGCAGGCGGAGGGGCAGAUUCCGGGUCGAGAGCCAGACCCGAUCCCCCGGUAUGAAAACUGGGGCCUCACUGUGGUGAUGGUCAGCGUUGGCCUUCUGACGACGCACGGCGCGCUGGAGGUGAACGUGGGCAGCGUCCCACAUCUCCUCUGCGCGCCGAAACCAGUCAUCCACUGCAGGAGCCUCGGUCUGGCUCUGGUGCCACGGUGCCAGAACCGGUUGGUAACCUAAAACACAUUGGAAUGGUGUUAGGUUAGUAGAGGAGUGGCGGAGAGAGUUCUGGGCAUAUUCUGCCCACGGCAAGAACACCGACCACUCUCCCGGCCGGUCCUGGCAGUAGGACCGCAGGAACCUACCCACAUCCUGAUUUACUCAUUCCACCUGCCCAUUUGACUCGGGGUGGAACCCAGUGGUCAGGCUGACCGAGACCCCCAGACGUUCAAUGAACGCCUUCCAAACCUUGGACGUGAACUGGGGACCUCGUCGGACACGAUAUCCUCAGGCACCCCGUAGUGCCGGAAGACGUGAGUAAACAGGGCCUCUGCAGUCUGCAGGGCAGUGGGGAGACCGGGCAGAGGAAGGAGGCGACAGGACUUGGAGAAGCGGUCCACAACGACCAGGAUGGUGGUGUUACCUUGGGAGAGGGGAAGAUCAGUCAGAAAGUCAAUAUUAAGAUGAGACCAUGGUCAUUGUGGAACUGGUAAUGGUUGUAGCUUACCCGUUGGGAGGUGCCUAGGUGCCUUACCCUGGGCGCACACCGAGCAGGAGGAGACGUACACUCUCACGUCCUUAGCCAAGGUAGGCCACCAGUACUUUCCGCUCAAGCAGCGCACUGUACGGCCGAUACCUUGGUGACCAGAGGAGGGUGACGUGUGUGCCCAGAAGAUCACGGAUAAGAGCAGGCACGUACCGCAGCCCAGCUGGACACUGCGGUGGAGAUGGAUCUAUGCGUAAUGCCUGCUCUAUAGCCGCGUCCAUCUCCCAUACUACUGGCGCCACAAUGCUGGAGGCCGGGAGUAUGGGGGUGUUGUCUCUGGGCCUCUCCUCUGUGUCAUACAGCCGGGACAGUGCGUCUGCCUUCACGUUCUUCGUACCCGGAAUGUAUGAUAGUGUAAAAUGAAACCGGGUGAAGAAUAGGCCCCACCUGGCCUGGCGAGGAUUCAGCCUCCUCGCUACCCGGAUGUACUCCAGACGAGGAAAGGGUGUUUCGCCCCUUCGAGCCAAUGCCUCCACACGAUCACCAACGUCGUAGUUCUGCUCCGCCGGGCAGAGCUUCUUCGAGAAGAAGGCACAGGGGCGUAGCUUGGGUGGCGUGCCCGAGCGUUGAGACAGGACAGCUCCUAUCCCAACCUCGGACGCAUCCACCUCCACUACGAACGGUAGUGAUGAAUCGGGGUGGGCCAGUACUGGGGCUGAGGUGAACCGACCCCGCAGUUUGCUGAAGGUCAGCCUCAGCAGACCAGCGGAGCCGGAACGGCCCACCCUUCAACAGUGAGGUAAUGGGAGCUGCGACCUUGCCAAAGCCCCGGAUAAACCUCUGAUAGUAGUUGGCAAAGCCAAGGAAGCGCUGCACCUCCUUAACCGUGGUUGGAGUCGGCCAAUUACGCACGGCUGAAAUGCGAUCUCCCUCCAUCUCCACACCUGAGGUGGAAAUGCGAUAUCCAAGGAAGGAGACGGAUUGCUGAGAAAAAACAUACACUUCUCUGCCUUAGCAUAAAGGUCAUUUUCCAACAGUCGGGCCAGCACCUUGCGAACCAGGGACACAUGCUCGGCGCGCGUAGCGGAAUACACCAGGAUGUCAUCUAUGUAGACCACUACACCUCGACCAAGCAUGUCCCGAAACAACACCUCGUUCACAAAAGACUGGAAAACUGAGGGAGCAUUCAUCAAACCAUAGGGCAUUACCAGGUAUUCAUAAUGCCCCGUGGUUGUGCUGAAUGCUGUCUUCCACUCAUCUCCCUCUCGGAUACGUAUCAAGUUGUACACACUCCUGAGAUCUAAUUUGGUGAAGAAGCGCGCUCCAUGCAUUGAUUCAAUCACCGAAGGAAUGAGGGGGAGGGGAUAACUAAAUCUUAUCGUCUCCCUGUUCAGUGGUCGAUAAUCAAUGCACGGGCGCAGACCUCCAUCCUUCUUCUUCACAAAGAAGAAACUCGAGGAGGCGGGUGAAGUGUAGGGACGUAUAUACCCCUGGCGCAGGGACUCGGUGACAUAGGUUUCCAUAGCCACCGUUUCAGCCAGUGACAGGGGGUAUAUAUGACUCCUGGGAGGUACAGCGUCUACCCGGAGGUUUAUCGCGCAAUCCCCCGCCCGAUGAGGUGGUAAUUUAGUCGCCUGCGUUUUAGAGAACGCUUGCGCCAGAUUGAGGUAUUCAGGGGGAAUGCGCACGGUGGAGGUACUGUCUGGACUUUCCACUGUGGUUGCACCAACGGAAACAUCUAGAGACCUACCCUGACACUCUCGCGACCACCCCAUGAGAGCCCUCUGCGGCCAUGAGAAGGUGGGGUUGUGGAGUGCUAGCCAAGGGAUACCUAAUACCACAGGGAAAGCAGGAGAUUCAAUAACCGAAAAAAUAACCUGCUCAAAAUGAGUCUCCUGGGUGAUCAUGGUGACUGGUAUCGUGACUUCCGUAACCAACCCGGACCCUAUUGGUCGACUAUUGAGUGCUCUGAUGGGGAAUGGAAUGGAUAGGGGAACCAAUGUUAUGCCUUGACAGCGUGCGAAUGCCCUGUCCAUAAAGUUCCCAGCUGCGCCUGAAUCGACUAGCGCCUUACACUGGGGAACUACCAUGAGAUCGGGAAAGUGGAUAGGUAGGGUACAGUGCGCAGCAGAGGGCUCUGAACAAGUGUGGGUGUUCGAUACCUGGGGUGAUGCGAGAGUGCCCUGCCUGCCGCCUCCCGGCCCAAAAGAACGUUGACUACGAUGUGUAGUGUAUUGUCCCUUCGUGCCACCAGAGUGGCACAGUCGCUGUCCUCCUCCGCUCUCUCGGCCGGCGGCUCCACCCAGCUCCAUCGGCUCGGGAUCCGAGUUGUCCGGUGUGGAAAUGGGCAGACCCCUACCAGGACGUCCUCUGGCUGCCAGCAGGUUGUACAAACGAAUGGCCAUGUCCACCAGUUUGUUGAAGGACAACAUGGUGUCUCGGCAUGCUCCCGUCGGACGUCCUCCCGCAGAUGGCACCGGAAAUGGUCGAUCAGGGCCCGCUCGUUCCACCCGGACCCUGCUGCCAGCAUCCGAAACUCCAAUGCGAAGUCCUGCGCUGUCCUCGUCCCCUGCCUCAGAUGGACCAGUCGCUCACCCGCCUCUCUACCCUCGGGUGGGUGAUCGAAGAACGCCCGAAAGAGGCGAGCAAACUCCCUGUAGUCCUCCAACGCGGCUCCUCCUCUGUUCCACACCGCGUUGGCCCACUCCAGGGCUUUCCCACAGAGGCAGGAAAUGAGGACGGACACCUUCUCCCGCUCAGAUGGUUCCGGCCUGAUGCUGGAAAAAUAAGUAAAGCUCCAAUUGGAGGAGGAAUCCCUGGCACAGCGCCGUCGUCCCAUCAAACGCCCGUGGUCGGGAUAUCUGGAUCCCUCUGGGUGCUGGGGUGUAGGUGGCUGGAUCCGGUUGGCCAGCUGGUCUCGACAGAUCGGGUUCUCUCCUCUCCAGGCGUUGGACGACCUGAAGAACCCGAUCCAUCGCUUCCCCCAAGCUGGCCAGCAUCGUGGAAUGCUCCUGGACCCGUGCCACGACUCCAGGCAUGCGCUCUUCUCCCGCUGACUCCAUAUGGUCUCUUGAGUGGCGCAGUGGUCUAAGGCGCCGCAUCGCAGUGCUAACUGUGCCACUAGAGAUCCUGGUUCGAAUCCAGGCUCUGUCGCAGCCGGCCGCGACCGGGAGACUCAUGGGCGGCGCACAAUUGGCCCAGCGUCAUCCAGGGUAGGGGAGGGAAUGGCCGGCAGGGAUGUAGCUCAGUUGAUAGAGCAUGGCGUUUGCAACGCCAGGGUUGUGGGUUCGAUUCCCACGGGGGGCCAGUAUAAAAAAUAAAUAAAAAAAUGUAUUCACUAACUGUAAGUCGCUCUGGAUAAGAGCAUCUGCUAAAUGACUAAAAUGUAAAAUAUUCAGGGUGGGUGAUUCUGUGAUGAGGUGGUGUUGAAGGAGACAGGCGCAGGAGGGUAAAUCACAGAAUAACAGGCUUUAAUCCGCUAAAUACAGGUUUACGUAUAACUGCGUCAAACAUACUCCAGGGCACAAAACAGGUGCACUGGAAAAUACAAGGCACACAGGAAAAUACUCCCGUCUAACAAAAUACACGAGCUCCACCGAGCUUCACUAACCUUCACAAUAAACAAUCACCUACAAGGAGAAGGGGGCAGAGGGAACACUUAUACACUGACUAAUUAGGGGAUUAGAACCAGGUGUGUGUGAUAACGAGACAAGACAAUUGUGAUGAUGAUUGGGGCGGCAGUGGUUAGUACUCCGGUGACGACGAACACUGAAGCAUGCCCGAACAAGGAGGGGAGGCAGCCUCGGCCGAAGUCGUGACAAUAACACGUCAACCCUGUUUCCCAUAGAUAGACAGGCUACAGGAUACUUGUGUAAAAGUAAAUGCUAUACAUCAAAAUCCUUAUUUUAAAAAUUAUGGACGGCCAGGGGCACACUCCAACACUCAGACAUAAUUUACAAACACAGUAUUUAUGUGUUUAGUGAGGCUGCCAGAUCAGAGGCAGUAGGGAUUACAACGCGUUAUAUUGAUAGAGGUGCGUGAAUUCGACUAUAUUGCUGUCCUGCCUGAGCAUUCAAAAUGUAAUGAGUACUUUUGGUUGUCAGGGGAAAUGAAUGGGAGUAAAGAGUACAUAAUUUAUUUAGGAAUGAAGUGGAGUAAAAGUAAAACAUAUAAAUAGUAGAGUACAGAUACUACUAAAUUAGAACUUCUAAGUAUUUUACUUAGUUACUUUACACCACUGUCUAUUACACACUUUAUCACUUCAGUAGUGUAGAUGACAAAUGUACCUUUUCGCACACCUACACUAAGUAUCAUACUGUUGGCUAGGCAGUCUUUUUAGUGAGGUCUCAGCCUUUUUGCUCUGUGAGUUCCUCAGCAGGUUUGAGCCCAAAUGAAGGUAUUGAACAUGUUAGAGGCCUUUACAGAGCUGAAUGGGAGAGUGAAUAAGCCCACAUGAAUUAACUGCCAUUCAAUUUCUUUGAAUGUAUCACACCCCUGCAAUUUCAAGCAUCACAGGUCAGCAGCCUCCAACUUCAUUUGCAGUCACAUGAUACCACGCAACCAUCUCAAUGCAAUAUUCAUCUCCUAAGGACAGAAGUGAUUAAAAUUCUUUAAUUCUGCUUUAGUUCGUUUAGUUUAGUCUAGGCAGACAUACAAAUAAUUUGCUUCUGUUUUAUAAUGUGCAAUCCAUAUGGGUGUGAACAAGACCGUUUGAGGCACUGGAUUAGUAUUAGUCUUCUGGGCAUCUCUGCUCUGCUAUUGAUGAUACAAUAAGUAUGUCUUCAAACUUUGAAGAGCUGCUAGAGUCAUGCAAAUGUACUUUAUAAUAACAGAUAUUAUGUUUAAUUUAUGCCAGAGUUUUAAAAAAUAUAAUUGUGAUUAAUCUUAUAAAUGUUGAGAAAUCUAACUUUCAUAUCUCAUCCUUCUUCCCACAGGUCCUCUGGUUGGGAGACAGAUCUAUAGGUUUAGUGUGGAGGGCCUGGUGAAUGCCAGAUUUGACUACAGCUAUAAUAACUUCCGGGUCACCAGCAUGCAGGCCAUGAUCAAUGAAACUCCUCUUCCCAUUGACCUUUACCGUUAUGUUGACGUGUCUGGAAGGAUUGAACAGUUUGGGAAAUUCAGUGUCAUAAACUAUGACCUCAAUCAAGUGAUCACUACACACAUCAUGAAGCACACUAAGAUAUUUAAUGCGAAUGGACAAGUGAUCGAGGUCCAGUAUGAGAUCCUGAAGUCUAUUGCCUACUGGAUGACAGUGCAGUAUGACAACAUGGGCCGCAUCACUAUCUGUGACAUCAGAAUUGGUGUGGAUAACAACAUCACACGCUACUCAUACGAGUAUGAUGCUGAUAGUCAGCUUCAGGCUGUGUCGGUGAAUGAUAGGCCACAGUGGCGCUAUAGUUAUGACCUCAAUGGCAACAUUAAUUUACUGAGUCAUGGCAACAGUGCUAGACUCACGCCGCUGCGCUACGACUUACGAGACCGUAUAACAAGACUCGGAGAAAUUCAGUACAAAAUGGAUGAAGAUGGCUUUCUUCACCUGCGGGGCAAUGUCGUGUUUGAUUACAACUCCAACGGACUGCUUGCUAAAGCGUUUGACAAAGUGUCAGAGAGGAGUGUUCACUACCGCUAUGAUGGCCUGGGCAGGCGGGUGGCCAGCAGGACCAGUGACGGCCAGCAGCUGCAGUUCUUCUAUGCUGACCUGACUAAACCCACCAGGGUGACCCACAUGUACAACCACUCCAGCUCUGAGAUCACCUCCCUGUACUAUGACCUGCAGGGACACCUCAUCGCCAUGGAGCUGAGCAGCGGGGAAGAGUACUACGUAGCCUGUGAUAACUCUGGCACGCCACUGGCCAUCUUCAGUAGCCGAGGACACAUCGUCAAGGAGAUGCUUUACACCCCUUACGGAGACAUCUACCAAGACUCAAACCCCUCCUUUCAGCUGAUCAUCGGGUUCCAGGGCGGUCUCUAUGACCCACUGACCAAGCUGGUCCACCUGGGGAGGAGGGACUAUGAUGUGGUGGCUGGGAGGUGGACCACUCCCAACCAUAACCUGUGGAUGGAGCUCAGCAUCAACCCGAAGCCUUUCAACCUCUACUCCUUCAAAAACAACUACCCGGUUGGAGAGUUACAGGAUGUCACCAAGUUCACUACAGGUACACUAUAUGUCUACUUCCUAAAGACAGACAUUUAAACUAUAGAAAAUAGGACUCUCUAUUGUGUUGCAUGACAAAAGCUAAAAUCCUAUGCCCUGUCAUUGACUCCUCAAUACCUUCUGUCUCCAGACAUUAGCAGUUGGUUGCAACUGUUUGGGUUCCAGCUCCACAACGUUGUCCCUGGUUACCCCAAGCCGGAGGUGGAGAGCAUGGAGCAAACCUAUGAAAUGAUGAGGACUCAAACCAAGACACAAGACUGGGACCCUAGUAAGGUGAGCUAAACCUAGACUAGGCCUAGACAGAGCCUAAUCUCCAGCCAUGUAUGAUCCUUAGAUAUUACAUAACCUCCUCAUAAUCCUUAUUAUCAUUAGAUAACCAUCCCAUGUGUGUUUGUCUGCCAGGUUCUGUUGGGUAUCCAGUGUGAGUUGCAGAAACACCUGAAGAACUUCAUCUCUCUGGACCGGCUGCCUAUGAGUAAGGUGAGUGGUCAGCUGGGGGCGUGGCAUGGCCUGAGGCCCCGCUUCUCUGCCAUCUCCUCCAUAUUUGGUAAGGGCGUCAAGUUCGCCAUCAGAGAUAAUGUCGUCACCACUGAAAUCAUUGGGGUGGCGAGCGACGACAGCCGGCGUGUGGCAGCAGUCUUAAACCACGCGGUCUACCUCUCCGGCCUGCACUUCACAGUGGGCGGUCUGGACACUCACUACUUUGUCAAGCCUGGCCUGCUGGAGGGGGACCUGGGAGUGGUCGGCCACACCGGAGUGGGUCGUGUCCUGGAAAAUGGCGUCAACAUGACCGUGUCCCAGAUGACGACGGUGGUGGGUGGGAGGACUAGGCGCUUCGCUGACAUCCAGAUGCAGCACGGGACUCUGUGCUUCAACAUCCGUUACGGUGCCACAGAGGAAGAGGAGAGGGAGCAUGUGCUGGAGGUGGCCCGGCAGAGGGCGGUGGAGCAGGCCUGGGUCAUCGAGCAGAGGAGGCUGGAGGAAGGAGAGGAGGGCUCCAGGCUCUGGACAGAGGGGGAGAGGCAGCAGCUGCUCUCCACUGGACAGGUGCCCGGCUACGACGGCUACUUCGUGCUCUCCGUGGAGCAGUACCUGGAGCUCUCUGACAGUGCCAACAACAUUCACUUCAUGAGGCAAAGUGAAAUAGGGAGGAGGUAA